AUGGAGGGAGCAGGAGUUGCGCUUGCUAUCCUCCCUUUCCUUCUCAACCAACUUGACAACUAUGUGCAAGGCCUCGAGACACUCAAAGGAUUUCGGGCUAAGCGAUAUCGUAGGGAGCAGGAUGGCUACCUGUCCGGUCUCUGGACACAGCAGGCGAUAUUUGUCAACACCCUGGAACGGUCGCUGGAUGGAGUCGUCGAUUGA